GUUAAGUUUUCCUCUUCCAGCGUUUAUCCCUCAUAAUGGGAUGUGCCUCCGAGUCGCUCUGCUGGUUUAAGCUGCAGCAGGUCAACAUAUUCGGCGCAAGAGGCGGCGCGACAUGGGCUGAGCCUAUUCGCAGGGAAACGCGCUGUGGACCGCGAGCUGCUCAGUGGCCGUGAUUUCUCCCGACGAGGAGCUGGUGGGCCUCCGACAGACAUGGCGACACGUGGAAGUGUGCGGCCGACAGGAACCGCCGGCCGUCGGGUGGAUUAACCCGGGGAUCGGGGCGAGGAACUGAGCCGUUUUUUUUUUCCGCUCCCGCUCCUCGGAACCCUGCGAUGCGCUCCGUGGAGGAAGCGGGCUUCGCAGACAUCCGGAAAACGCAUCCAUGCGCCACGGCAGCCCCGCAUCCCGAUAUGCUCCUGACAACACAAAGCCUGGCUCCAAUUAGCUUCAGUUCAGAACCGCACAUGCAAAUCGGCAUGGGUGCGUCAAAACGGUCAUUGCGCUUUGUUUGGUGGCUGAGGCUUCGGAUUGCAGCUCUGCAAUGAGACAGUCGGGGAUGAUCAAGUAAGACUUUAUUGAUACAUAUUUCGACAAUAUGGCUGAUCAGAGCAACAUUCAGUCCGCCGCCUCAAAGAGCAUCCGGCCCUUUAAAUCCAGUGAAGAAUACCUGUACGCCAUGAAGGAGGACCUGGCUGAAUGGCUGAAGACCCUCUACGACCUGGACGUCACUGCGGACACCUUCAUGGACGCGCUGGAGACGGGCUGCGCCCUGUGUCGGCACGCCAACACCGUGAACCGCGCAGCGCAGGAAUUCCAGUCGGAGAACCCGGAGGCUGCGAAGUCCAUGAAAGUGCCGUCGAAGGACGUGGUCUUCCAAUCACGAAACGUGAUCCCCGGCUCGUUCCUGGCGAGGGACAAUGUCUCCAACUUCAUCACCUGGUGCAGGCAGGAGCUCUGGAUCAAGGACGUCCUCAUGUUUGAGACCAACGACCUGGUGGAGAGAUGCAACGAGAAGAAUUUCAUCCUGUGUCUGCUGGAGGUGGCGCGGCGGGGGUCCAAGUUUGGCAUGCUGGCGCCCAUGCUGAUCCAGCUGGAGGAGGAGAUCGAAGAGGAGAUCCGGGACCAGGAGAGCUUGCAGGCCGAGGGGGCUGAGCAGGCCGAAGAGAUGAGCUCACCGAGCAGGUGUUACAGCCGGAAGGAGAGCUGUCACAGUGUGGAGGAUGAGGAGGAACCGGAGCCGGAGCCUUACGUCUGGCCGCAGAAGAGAGUUUUAUGUGACAUGCGAAACCUGGAUGAACUGGUACGUGAAAUCCUUGGCCAGUGUUCCUGUCCAGCUCAGUUUCCUAUGAUUAAAGUGUCCGAAGGGAAGUACAAAGUAGGAGACUCCAGUGCGCUGAUCUUCAUCAGGGUCCUCCGGACUCAUGUGAUGGUGCGUGUCGGAGGGGGCUGGGACACGUUGGAGCACUAUUUGGACAAGCAUGAUCCGUGUCGCUGUGCUGCGUUCGCUCACCGCUACCACCAGGCUAAAGCAAGUGGUCAAAGCCAGGGAGCCCAGAGCAAGUCCUCUAGUGCCCACUCCUCCCGCUCCACCAGCCCAGGUCCACACUGGAGGAAUGAGGGCAUUUCGACUUACAAACCCAACGACAGGCGCUCCUUGGAGCCUCCCUCCGCUCCAAGUGUAUCCUCUUCCUCCACACGACCUGGUCGAUCCCAAAAUUCAUCCGUCUUUAACGAGGUGGACGCCGCUGGAGCUCGAACUCUGCUCCCUAAGCCGCAAAGAGAUCGCUCGGAGCCGCGCCACUUUAAUCCUCUCAGGAAUAAAGAAACGUUGACAAGACGUCUCUCUGGAGACAGUGACUCUUCCACAGCCUCCUCUAAAGGAGGAGGGGGUGGCGGGCGGCAGUCACUCGGUGGCCCUUCACGACGCUCCGGUGAACAAGUGGUACUGCUUGUCAACCGCAAGGAAGGAAAGCAUAUGAUUGAGAGAGCAGGAGCAGGCAGUCAAACCCCAUCCACAUGUUCCUCGACGCCCCGUGCACGCAGCCAGUCGCGGGAGCGUUCUUCGCUUCCACCAACACUAAAACCCAACCCACCAACAGGAUCUUCUGAUGGUACACGGACGUCUCGGACAGACAGAGGGCGCUCUGUUGGAAAUGAAGGUCCAAGGAGGCUCCAUGUUCCUCGUUCUCACAGCCAGAGUAAGUUAACAAGCAGCACUUUGUCAAGCGAUGGCAGCCCUGCACACUGUUCCUCUCCUCGAACUUCCCAGCGCCCACCUUCAGAAAGACAAGCAGAUCUGUCUAAACAGGUAGCCCCAUGCUCUCCUAGAGGGGGUGUUGCCUUCAGUAAGAAGCAGUCAUUCUCAUGCAACAACUCGCCAAUUAAAGGAGUCCAAAGCAACAACGGCAGCCCUGUCAAGAAGACUGUCACUACUCCUAGACCCCAAGUGCCCCGUUCACCAUCAACAGGAAAAGGCAAGCUGCUACCCCCUGUCACCUCCGGAGGGCGACGUCCACCACACUCAUCUCCUCGUAACUCUAACAGCUGUGCUACCCGCUCCCCUCGACUCUCACAGGCUCCUCGAUCAGCUGUGCGAGGCCACCUUAAAAACAUUUCUCACAUGGAGAACCAGGAGGAUGAAGAGGACGGGCCUGGGUUAGGCUAUCAAAUACUGCCACCAUUUGACCCUCAGAAAGAACAGGACCUCUAUCGCAGCUUCGAGGCUGAGUUUCUGGCCAAUUCUCAGCAGGUCAAGGGGAAUUUUACUGGUAAGGCUGUAGGAAGAGCAACACUGCAGGUAGCACAUGCACUCACUGAGCCUGCUCUGUCUGAUUCUGCUUCUUCUUCCUCUAACUCCUCCACUUCUUCCCUAAAUGUGGGUGCAAAGAUUGGAAGUCUGCCUUACCUCAAGCAAUCCAAGAGGACUAACCUCCAACACUUCCCACCAGAGGACCCUUUAAAUAUACUUUAUGGACAAAAUCUUGGACAACUUGAUGGUUUGGGCCACACGGAGCGUGAACACUGGGGGGAGCGGAAAGGUGCUCUCAAGAAACUCCCCGAAAUUUCUAGCUUGGUAGAGAAAAGGGAAGCUCCAGCUUCUUUGCCUGGCCUUAGAGAUACUAAGUCCGAUGAGCUAAUGAAUCAUAUCCCCUCCCAACCUGCUAUAGAUAGCAGAAAUAUGAAUGGAGAACAUGGAUGUUCUCCUACAGGUGGGCUCUCAGUUCAAAAAUGUCCACUUGACUUGAGCUCAGUGACAGAAGGAGAUGUUCCCCUCGAAAAUCACCUGCCUAAUCUACCAUAUGAUCUUGAAAAUGGUGGCAACAGUGAUAACCUCCUGCCUCCAGAGGGUCGUGCAUCACCUGUACCCCUUGCACCAUCAGAGGACUGCUCUUUCCAGGAUUCCUCAAGUGAAAACUCCUCGAUGUCCUUCAGCUUGAGUGAAUCCCGCUCCGGGUCUCCUCCAACAUCUUUAAAAAUAACCAAUGGGGAAAAUGGACAAAGCAAUGAAGUCUCGAUCUCCGAGCUCAAACCGGGUGUAAAGUUGAGGCCUCGUACUGACGAUAGGCUGCAGAACACCCCCUCGCGAAUCCCCACACCUGUCAGACACAAAAAUGUUCUCACUAACAAAACUCUGUCUCCUUGCAAUACGCCGCCACUGUCACGUAAGACCUCCCAUCCUGCUUCAUGCAAGAACUUACACCAGAACUUCACAGACAUGAUCCAUCCUCAGUCUCACUCUCCAGCCGUAGGCAACAAAGACUGCUCCUACCCUGCACAGGGAAGCCUAGACACUGAAGCUAUAGCACAAAACUGAUUGCUGCAGCAGGCUCUUUGACUACUGUGUAAUUGAAAAAAGACUUACUUUUGGGCUAAAAACUGUUGUCACUGCAUGUUAAACAACUUUUCAUUAAGAUUUUUUUUAAAGAUGCACAGAUAAAAGAAUUGUGGCUGAUGUCUGAUCUCUGAAUUUCAGAAAGCUUUGACCUGCCAAUACAAAUAUUUGUUUCUUAUGAGAAGUUAGUAUUUCAACAACUCUAAAAAUUAAUGUUACGAAUACAACAGUUGCUGUAAAACAGGGUUUUAUUAAUGUAAAACACACAUCUUAACAAGCUAAUGACUGUCUUUAGUAUCAUUAGUAAUAUUGGUAAUAUUAUAGAUGCUAAUACUAACUUGAGUAUUUCCUAAAGACAGAUAUUAUUUCUAGAACCCACAUUUUCCAUGGCAGACAGAGAUUAAAAACCCAAAAGUGUGAAAAUGAGCAGCUUUACUAUUUGAUGAUUAGCCUUCUUCGUACCUACUGAAGUGAGCUCUGAGUAGUUUUUUUUUUUUUUUGCCAAUAUGCCAAAAGAUCCUCAAGCCAGGCAUAGAUUGACGUCCUGAUGCGGAAGACUCACUUCUGUGAUUUAGUCUUUUCGCACAAAAUGACCCAAACUUCACAAUUUCAAAACGAACGACAUGAGUUGCACCUACCAAGGUCUAGUUUUUGAGAAUAGCCAAAAUGGUUGUGUAGGAAAGAGUUUUGUAAAUUAUAAACUCAAACUUUAAGUUUGAGUCCUUUAUUGUCAGUAACUUAAGCUCUAGUCCUAUGGCUUAACUCAACUUAUUUAGUGUCUAUAGUUCGAUAACCAGAUUGAAUUCACCUUGGCUGGUCAAGCUGUAAAUCAUCUGAUUUCGGUCACUAACAUGUUUCUUGCUGUAUCUCCGUUGUUUUCCUGUUGGGAUCCAUUUUGCUUUUUUUGCACUCAAGCCAAAUUCUUUAUUACCAAAGGAAUGGUCUUUAUUUUUAUUAUGACUUUGUUUGCAUGGGGCUGUUUUUGCCAAUCAUAGUGUUUUUUUUUCCCUAGCUGCUCACAUUCUCACAGUUGACAUCCUGAGAUAGAAAGAACAUAUGUGCUGCCAUGUGCCGCACCACAGGGCAUGGUUAAGUGCCAUGUAUUAGAACCGUCAGCUUUAUAAAACUGCACUAACACUAAACCUGUGGUCAAAUGGACCUUUUCUGCUGCAGUUAGUCAUCGUCUCUCAGUUUAUGUUAGUAGUCAGAAUACUGGUACUAAAACUGUAGGAUUCUACACAUUACUGAUGCUAAUAGGAGGUUUAGUACAUAAAUACAUGCAUUUUACUCAUUGUGUAACAUGCAUACUCAACACAGAUUCAGCUGACCUUGUGAUGCAUAAAUUAUCAAUCAACUAAUUUCUGUAUAGCAGUCAGUCAUUAUAUUCCAGGUUAAUAAUAUUUAUUUAAUUCUCAAUUUGUGUCUAAUUUGACUAUUUUAAUGGAGAAUAUGGUUUUAAUUUAUACUUUUAAAUGGCCGAAUUAUGAAAAAUAUAAAGAGAUUUGUGUUAAUUGCGUCAUUGUCACUGAAACGGAAAGUUGAAAGCUCCUUCUUUGACCAAACAGCACUCUGGUGUUCAGCGUUUAAUAUGUAUGGGCAGCAGGAAUCGCACGCUGACGAGAAUGAAUGUGUAAAUACAUGCUGGGUGGGUGUUUUUGUAAAUACAAGGCAUGGAAUAUACAGUUUUAAUGUACAUACUUUGCUGUAAUAAGGCCCAUCAUGCCUUAGCUAUGCAAUUCAUAUAUGGUGUUGGAAAAUGCCUUGAAAACUCCCUUUGCCUUAAAUGUUUUGUCAUGAAUUUAUUUUUGAAUGUUUUUGUAGCUUGAAUUCAGUAACACUACAUUACCAUAACUUAGUGUUUAUUGUGAAAUAAAUUGAAAGUAUUUAAUGGGAAUGUUUGAACGAAUCUGAAGAACAUUGGCUACUUUAAUUGUACAUUAAAUUUUUUACACUCUGUGAGAAAUCCUAAUGUAUUCCAGGCUGACUGUGGUGGCAAUUAAACAAACUGGUGGUGACAUCUAGUGGCUAAAAUAGACAUUUGUUGUAUUUUUUUCUUGCAUUUGCUUAUAUUGUCAUGAUCUGAUGCUGAUUAGAACCAAUAACGAUGGAAUGACCCAAUGGAAACAAAUGGAUGAAGCAAGGCGCAAACUCGAGUGUCUGCAAAAGGCUUGAAUAAUUGAUGUGUAACUGGAUAUGGAGGUUUUCUUUUGUUUUCAAGCUGCUGUUACACCAGGACAGGACACCAGACUCCAGAAGCAACAACAAUACCGUUUUAUGUAAUCAAGAGGUGCAACUUUUGUAAAAUUAAUUUGAAAGUAUAAAAGCUUUUCUUGAGACUUCAAAACAUCUUAUAUUGAGGGUUUUAGUGUGAAUAAUGUGGAAUAUAUGCAUGUUUUUGCAGCACACUGUAAGUGAAUGGGCUACAAAGAAAGUGUGGAGAUUGUGUGUAUGUAUGUAUGUACAUAUGGUAUGGUAAUAUGUAUAGAGUUGGAAUAAAGAAGGAAAGGAUGCUGAUCUAAUUUAUUUAUUUAUGUUGUCAGCUCUGACUGGGCUCAGAUGACCUCUGUGUCCAGUAGACUGAAGGUGAACGGGAUUUGGAGAAUCCAGCAAUAUGAGGGAAUCUGUUGAAAUAUUGCCACCAACAAAAAUGGAACAACCCUUUUAAAAAUUAAUAUUUGGCUUAGUUUUUAACUUUUAAAAAUACUCAUAGCCUUAAAUAAUUUAGUCUGCGUCAGUCUUGUUGGAGCCAUAGGUUUUACUUGUACAAACUUAUUGUUACCUAUGUUUUAAUUUGUUGAAUUUCAAAUUUGUUUUGAUGCAUUUAAAUAUUAAUUUUACUGGUAGUCUAAACCUACCAAUCACAUAAGCUGUGACAUCAAGAAAGCAUGAAAAAAUUGUUGAGAUUCAUGGAAUUCAUUAUUAAAAUUUUUGAAAAGCCUGCUUUUUGUGCUCACCAUUUUGAAAUGUCAUGAGACUCGGACUCUCACUUGUCUUUAAUCUAAAUCGGUGAAACCUGAAUGUUUGUGAUGUGAUGCCAUUUCCCCCCCCCCCAAAAAAAAAGAUGAAGAUGUACAGAUUGCUUGAUCUUGUGUACUAUGUAAGUACGCAAAAGCGAUACUGAAAAAAGUUUUUUUUCUAAUUCUUAAAAUGCUUUCAAGUUGUUCUUGUAAUAAACACUUUUCUUCUGAAAUUGA